CGUGUAAAACUGGCCAGGAGUUCGUGCAGGCUUCAUUUGAAAGAAAACCGCGCGUUCCUAAACCACUCUUUAUUGUUGCCAAUCUAGUAAGCUUUAUCCAGUGCCAACAAAGCUUGAGAGACUCUACCUCUUGCUCUCAACAAAUCCAGACAUUGUCUCUAGGAUGGAAGACGACGAGCAGGCUUUCGUCCAGCACGUCGAAGACGUUAGUCAAACUCCUCCACUCGAGCAGAUGGAUGAAGUUCAAAGCAGUCAGCAACGCCCAGCAGCUCCGUUACAUGCCGACGAUAAUGAUAACAAUCCUGAGGACGACGCGGUGCCCUUUCCAGGGCUUGAAGAAUAUGAACUCGGAGUGGAGGAGAGGGAUGGAUUUGAUGAUGGUGGAGAUUUGAUGAUGCGAAUGAAGUUGAAAGGAGAAUCAUCAUCAUCAUCAUCAUUGACCACAACAACAGAUGACAAGCGGACCACGUGCCCUAAAUGCCAUCAACUCAGGCCAAGAGGCACGGACCAUGUCUGUCAGGAAGGGGAUAGCGCUGCAGCGGCCCCGGGGUUUUACAGCUUUAGCGAGACGCCCCAGGUCCAAGCACAUCCGCUGCCUCCACUGCCGAUUCACCCUCUACGACUACACCCUGUCAAUCCAACCCAUCCAGCUUCUGCUUCAGAGCACCAUCAGAGUCGCGACUUGCAGGCUUCAAGCCCAUUGAUUGUUUCUGAUUCAACUGUCCCUUACGCCUCCGGUGCUGCCGGUGACGCUGCCGCUUCCGCUUCUCAGCCCCAACGCUUCCUACCUUCAGGACAGUUUGAUUUACCAACAUUCACCAUUACUCCACCGACGCCUCCUCCGCCGGAGCCCAUUAGGCGUACCGGCCGCCGUCGCAGCAACGAAAUCAAUCAAGACGAGCACGACGAAGACUUUUUGUCGCCGCUGCGCCGCGUCCGACCUCCGCCGGCCGACAUGUCUAUGAACUUUCCGUCGUUUUUAGACUCUCCCGCCGUGGGCAUGUCUCCGAACCAGCUUACGCGCGGAGCUGCUACGCCUUCGCCGGCCCAGCAUGUGCAAGCAAAUGGCUUGGCUGGAGCUGCUGCGCCAAUGGGCGGGUUUCCCCCCAAUCCUGGACACCAGAUGGAUCUGAACCACUUGUGGAAUACCGUGCAAGAAUUGAGUGCCGUGCUACAGACGAAUCGUACACAGACACAACAUAUUGUUGGUCGCGUUGAGGAAUUGAGAAACCGCGCAUCUUCGGACAAUGCCAGUCCUUUGAUUCAGCAAGUCAAUGGCGAAAUCAGUGACGCCGCAAAAAUCGCCGAGCUAGAAACCCGCAUUGCCGCCAAAGACCGCGACAUUGAAGCGCUCAACAAUGAGAAUAACGAAAUGGCAAAUUUGCUCGCGCAGUACGAAGCCGGUAUUGGCCGCGUCACCGAAAUGGUCCGCCACCACUGUUUCACCGAGUCGCUCCGCAAUAUCGCCAUUCAUCAGCAUUACAAUGAACAAUUGACCGUUGAGCGUCAGGAGAAUCUUCAACUGCGUCUCGAACAUGCCGAUUGGCAGGGCCGUUUGGGGAACCUGGCCGAAAAUGUCCGCCUUGCAUACCGCCACGCGUCGGAGACAGAUAACGAAACAAUUCGCACCAUAGCAGAGCUGAGAAAUGAGAACCGCGUCCUUCGUCUGCUCCACGGCUUGCCCGUCGAUGAGUCUGAUGACGAAGAGCAGCAACAAGCGCAGUGA